CGUCACGAGCAGACGACAAAUCGAUCGCUUCCCAUCAGUCAUAGCGGGGAAGUUGGUGACAGAUGGGAAAAGUUCGAUCAAAACUUUUCAGUAGUUUCACGUCAUGAGUAUGUUUUCGACGAUCGUCACCAUCCCGUGGAUAGUAACCGCCAUUUUCACACCGACUGAGAAAGGGAAGGAGUGAACCAAACUGAACAAAUACUAUAUCUGGAGUGUACACAGGAAGGCCAUCACCUAUCGGUUCUACAGCCGCACUUGGGGCUAUUCUCCAUCGCUCGGGGAUCUGUAAACACAUUCAGCAAUGCCAAGACUCGCUGUCCUGUGCCUGGUGUGUAUACUUGGCGCAAGGGCGUCCGAUGAUUCAGAAGAAUGUAUAGGGAUACUUGUAACAGGACUCAGUGCUCGGCAAGUCGGCGAAGGUAUCCGCACACAGCUGAAUAGUGUGCGAGCGGACUGUGUAAUUACAUGCGGUUCUUCGUGCUGUGAAACAGAGGGCUGUAACGUCGCAGUGUACGACAACGCUACCACAGAAGGAGUUCCAAACUGUCGUCUGCUCACCUGCAACCCCUUGGAAGCCUGCGUUGGUUUCAUUGAAGAGGCAGAUGCUACUUCUGUGCUUCAGUUACAGCGAGUCACAGAAGAACUUGUUCGAAAAAAAAGAGCAGCCCCUGAUGCAGGAAAUCCUCAAGGAUUCCCACAACUUAGUGGACAGGAUCCUAACGCAAUUACACCUAACUUAUCCACAUCUGGACCAACGAGCUCACCGACCGGAAGUAACACAACCCUAACAACAACACAAGGAAAUAACGGUUCCAAUGUUCCUGUGUCGAACAAUAACACCGCCACCACGCCAGCGGGUGGUAAGACUAUUGGUGCAACAUCUAGUGCUCCUUCCCAGGCAGCCACAAACCUGGAGCAGUCGGUUGAUCAACAAAUUAAAAAACUUGCAGAUAAAGACACACCGGAAGGAAGUGUUUCUACAUCCACAACGUCACCUUCUCAAGGUGAAGGUCAGGGAGUUUUGUUAGGUGGUGACGGCACAAUUAAUCAGUCAAAUCCCGUACCACAAGGCAACAUCACGCAGAAUGUAAGUAGUGACUCAACAUUGAAUACAUUACAGGACAAGUCCAAAGGAGUUCAGAUUGGUGAUGCCGGUGUGAUCGGUAACAGCGUUCCCUCUCCUUCGUCCCCUGGCGGCGAAAACGCCACGACUUUAAACACUACUUUAUCUCCUUCGCUGUCAGGAAUACAUGACCUGGCGAGUGGUGUAGGAGUUUCUUCUUCUCCCCCGCCCCCUGGUGGCCAAAUAGGAGGUGUCCCUGGUGACAAUGUCACAGAUAACUCUACUUUAACCCCUGCGCUUUCUGCAUUACAGGAUAAGGACAAAGGAGUGCCGAUUGCGGACGAUGCAAACCUUUCUGGUGAAUCCUUCCCCACCCCUCCCCCGCUGGGUCAGUCGGGUAGCACUAGUCAGACUACCAUCAAGACGCCACCACCCCCAUCCCCAGCCUCCCCUCCUUUCCCCACUUCUCCCGAGACGCCCGCUGCCACAUCGACUACCAGCAGCAACACACCCGUUAGUGGAACUACUUCCUACCCAACACCUCCACCCCUUGUAAACAAUAACACGUUUCCAUCUCCCCCACCACCUUCAACGACGACGACAACAACGACGUUAUCUACAACAACUAGUAGUCCUACUACACCACCUCAGACGCAGUCUUCGACAACCCAGGGUACUACUACACCCGUUGCAGCAACGUCACAAUCUACGUCAUCUACAGCCCCAACACAAUCUACAGUAACGCCAACAAAGCUUUUGACAACCGUGUCCACAACACAAUAUCCGUCAUCGGAGACAACGUUGUCAACAGCAGCAACCACUGCUGCCACGCCAACGGCUACAACACAAGCAACAACACAAGCAACAACACUAGCAACGGAGAAGACAACAAUACAAUCCACAACACCAGCACUUGCAUCGUCCUCUACAACGACACAAACUACGCCAGACAACAAAAGCACAACUACAUUGUCCUCGACAACGACAUCAUCGACUACGGCCCCGAACCCUCAAGGUAAUGGUAGUGAUGCCGCAGUUGUAGAGGCGGAAGAGAUGCUUGCGGGCGCAAUACUAGAACAAGAAACUAAUAUCUUAUCGAAACCAUCUCCUGACUCCAAUAGCGGGAACGGAACAUUAAGCCAAUCAGCGUCGACCUCUCCAGCAGGCUCGGGUCACUUGAUGGUGGUUGUUCUUGCAUCGGCGUUGUCCAUUGGUCUGUUCAUCUUCCUCGUGGUCGUCAUUAUGGUUGGAAAACGUGUGUUCGAGAGCUGGCAGCGACGCCAUUACUCCCGUGUGGACUACUUAGUAAACGGCAUGUACAACUGACAGUGUUAAAUAUCACCACUAGAACUUGUGACACCAAAAUUCAUUCCAUAUUAUGCAAUCACUUCGUCUUUUCACGAUACGUGUCAAAAUUUAGCGUUUCCAUGAACACUGGAAUGUAUUCAAAUGAUGUAAUCUAUGCGUACAAAAAUCACCUUUCCAUGGCGACUGAUAGGAGUCGACGCGUGACGUCCCCAUGUAUAAGUUUGAAUGAUGGUAUCUGGUGGUUAUAGAUGAACAGUUACAGGCUAGAGAGCUGUUGCUGUUACUGAUGUUGCUGUAUAAUGUGCACGAACAACACGUGUCCUAGCAACACGUGUUCUCGCUUGACUGACCGCAGUCAACCGGCUUGUACUUAAAAGUUAUCCGACACACUCCGUCCUCUCGACACAACACACAACAAAUCCUGCAUUUAGGACCACAGCAACGUCAAUCAGUGCAUGCCUGCACUCCUUUCGUAUUGUCUUUGUUAUAUGUAUAUUCAUUCUUGAAUUCCAAACUUUAUCUCAGCAACCAACACGAAUCUCAUAGACAUUAACAUUGCCUUCCAAGGGUUACGGCGCUUGCGAUAUAGAGUCGUAUCUUCUUAUAGGUUCAGUCCCAUUAACUAAAUUUGGUAUAGAAAUCAGUAAGUAAUAUUUAACAUAACCUGUACAUCAUAUGUGGAUAUAUUGGUAUUCACGACUACACAGAGCUACAAAUCACCUAGACUACGAUGACGUUUAUUGUAUGCAUGAAUAAUCCAUAUUGGGAUAACUUAUCAUUGCCAUAUGUGACACAUGUGAGGGUUGGCCAAUAGAAGACAUCUGUGCGAGGUACUUGGACCACUGACGUGUGAUAUAUCAUUUAGAUCCAGACACGUGACGUCUUAACACAUAGCGUUUGUGUAUUCGUGUGAUAGCGAAGUUGCAUGCAUUGCUUCGGGUAACUUUAAAAUGGUGCGACGUAAAACAAUAUUUACUCACUCACUGUUCAAAUCGACAUUGAUUGAACAUUCAUCCCCCAGAUUGUUGAAAAUAUGAACAGUGUAACAUGCCUAUUUGUCGAGAGUAGGGAAAAGCGUAAACGAGGUUGUAACAAUGUCGUCAGUCUGGACAAUUACCGGGUACUGUAAUAAAAGUCUUGCAGAAACCGAAUUCACAGAUAUUAGUUGUUAUUGGUUUUCGUAAUCUGUACUUGUCGUCAUUAGAUAAGCAAAAUGUUAUGUGUAUUUGAAACUGAAGGUGUUGUAAAAGGCUUUCAUGAACAUACGUGUAUCGGACUUGGCGUAAGGGUGAUUGGUACGUUCUGAGCCUACACAGAAAGACUUAACCUAAAUUAACAUUCAAAUUAUUUAAUUUUUAAUACAAUCUCCCUCCAUGUGGAUACACUUUUCCCAUCGAUGAUGGAUGAAUUUUAUCCAAGUUUCGUACAAGUCCUUCUCUUGGCUGUGCGAAACGUUCUCCACAGUUGCUAUGACGUCAUCGUUCGAGCCUGAUCAGGAGAAUAAGGUGGGUGCUAAAGGUCCAUUUCCAUAAUCAUAAGAAAUCUUUACUAAAAGCGACUGCACGAUUCCGACUAUAUCAUAAGCAAGUGUUUGUGAAUCCCUAUUUAAAAGUGAUGAUUCUAGGUAUUCUUUAAAAGGUGAGCGUAUCCUGCCCCACUGGUGGCACCUGUCACACAAAAAAACGUAUGCAAGGGCAAGUCAAUUGUUCACCUAAAACAAGGAACGGGACGAGGGAUUCCUCGGCAUCCCGCAACACGGAGACCAUUGCCUUUCAAGGUGAUGGGACUGUAUUUGCCGUCUUUGGUGGUGGUGAUGUCAAACACUUCCACUGUUUUGAUUGUUUGGAAGUGGUGAACCCAGGUUUCAUCCAUAGUCACAAAUCGUUGCAAUAAUCUUUAUGUUUCAGCUUCAAACAGAGCGGAGAAUCACGAAACAUGGUUUGCCUGGUGCAUUUUUAUCAGUUGUCAGAACUGAUACUUUCUCCAAUAUAUGACACUUUUUAUAGAUAGCAACUUUUUCAUUCCUUGUCACGGCAUUUCAGAGCUAAUUGAUCCUUGCUCCUUCAUUAGGUGAAUGACUUUGUUAGGAGCAAGAAAUAGCUCUGAAACGUCGUGACAAAGAAUAAAAGAAGUUGCUGUCCAUAGAAAAGUUUCAUGUAUUCAUAUUCUCCCAACUUCUUCAAAGACUUGAUACUUUCUGUUGUACGGUUACUGAGAUAAUGGAAUGUACCCUCCCAUGGGGAAUGUCAACUUGACGCAAUAUGACGCUCAGACACUUGCCGGUUGACUUUCACCACAUCGGGGAUACACUUGAUCAUUUCUGGUGUUGCUGAUGUGACCGUCCUUCCAGGAUGGGGUAUGUAUCCCUGCCAUGCUUAAACUCUGCUGUCCUCCACUUUACCAUGUCGUAGGAAGGUGCACCACUCCCUAGUGUUGUACUCGUAUCUUCAAUGACUUUUUGUUAUUAUGACCUUUUCUGCAAGUACUUGAUCACUGCACGUGCCUCAAAUAAGCCCACUGUCCAAAGGCCACAGACCCCUGUCUAUUUCACUGUCAAAGCGAAACAAUUUGCUCAAUUGACGCAAGUGUUUGUGGAUAUACUUCCGUGACAUUAUUUAAUGACCACAACUAAAGAUUACACUAUUACACAAUUCUAUCUAUGUGAGAUUCAGAACUUAUCAAUAAACCCUCGCAUAUCAUGUAUGCUUUAGAGUAUAUUAGAAACAGGAUUAUCAAUUAGGGUUUGGGGAAACAUUUAACAUUUGACAUAACACCAUUGUAUUUCUAUAUAACUUUAUUUAACAAGAAUGUAUGUAAAAAUCAAAUGAUAUAUUAUCUGAAUAUAUAAUGCAUAUAUACAUAUCACAUCAACGAUAUAGAUAUACUGUAUAGAUAAUACCAAGGAGAAAUAAAAUAUGAUCGUCCAAUAUCUUCCUCCUACAUUGCGAUGCGUUCAUCAAAAAGAGGUGUAGCUCACUGCCAUACACUGUCUGUGUGGACAAAUACUGUCACAAAGUAUCUGCAACGUAUGAAGAUCGAGUGACGUGUUUGUUAGACUUACGACACAACAAUACGCCAAUGGCCGAUUUCCACUUUAUGUACUUAACAAGAUGACUAAGAGAAGAACUGCAUGUAUUGCGAUAACUGCAUAGAUAGUAUAGUUCUGUGGACUCCGCUCAAAGAGGCUUUUCGGGUGAUGAUAAACUUCCAAUGUUCUACUAGUAUCUCAGUUAUUCGUUGUGGGCGUUGUACUGGGUCUAAUAAACAGAUAGUUAUUAAACAAGACAUCUAGGGAAUAAAACACGUUCACAAGCUUCUGCGUAUAUAGUUACUUGAACUCGAUUAUUUACAGGCCGCCGUCAUAUAGCUGGAAUAUUGCUGAGUGCAGCGUUAAACAACAAACAAACAAAAG